AUGAAUAAAUCAUUAUUUAUAUGUAUAUUUAACAAUCGUAUUUUAAAUCGAUUGAUUUUCGAUCAAGUUAGAAAUCAUCGAUGUUUAUUAGAUGACAAUAAUGAUGAAAAGAGAAAGGUAUACAAAUGGAGUGAAGUAGUAACUCAACCAAGAGUUAUGGCUGGUAAUGGUUAUUUAGAAAUGUUAAAAGUUUGGUUUAAAAAAAAUGACAUCAACAAUAUAACAGAGUUUGAUUUCUAUCGUAUCUUGGGGAAUGCCAUCAAAACAUCACAUCCAAACUCAUUCGAAGUAGUUGAUAGUAUGGCUGAGAAAGGUCGUAGCAGUAGACAGGCGAACAGUUGGGAUGUUUUUGAUUUCGCAGCAAGAGUUGGUCGCAUCGAUAUGAUCGAAUGGCUGGCUGAACACAGACCACAAGAUAGAGAAGGAAAUACCAUGUAUUAUCAUGCGGUGUUUGGAAAUCAUAUUCAUGUACUUGAGUACUUGAAAAAAGAGAAAAAAGAUAUAAUAGAAAAAGAUAAUGUUAAACUUAUUAAUGUAGCAGCGGAAAGAGGAAAUCUAACGAUUAUUAAAUGGCUACAUGAGAAUAAAGUUGGUAGAGCAUCACAUCGUGCAAUGGACGAUGCUUGCAGAAAAGGAUACCUGAAUAUUGUAGAAUAUCUACACGUGAAUCGAACGGAAGGAUGCUCAGCUAUUGAGGCAAUGGAAGACGCUUCAUACAACGGGCAUUUAGAAAUUGUAAAGUGGAUCCAUUUCAAUUGCAGUUCAGAAUAUGUGUCUUAUUUAGUUAUGGAUUAUGCUGCAACCAAAGGUCAUUUGCUAAUUGUAGAGUGGCUCCAUUCAGUUGUGAAUGCAAUUUGUUCUGGCGAUGCAUUGGACGGUGCAGCUGGAAAUGGUCAUCUGGAAGUUGUGAAAUACCUUCACUUCAAUAUUGAAGAUAUCAGUUGUUCUCAUAGAGCUAUGGAUGAUGCAGCAAAGAAUGGAUUCCUUGACAUUGUUAAAUUCCUUCAUGAAAAUCGAACGGAAGGUGGUACCAGAAAGAUUCUCAACUAUGCAGCAGCCAACGGUCAUGUCGAAACAGUUGAGUGGUUGGUUCGUAAUCGAUCUGAAAGGGGUUCACACUUUGCAUUCCAAGAUGCAGUUUACAAAGGCCACCUUGAUAUGGUGAAAUGGUUAUAUCAGAAUCAAUCGGUUUGGCUGAAUAAGAAUGAACACUUUGACUUUUCACACUAUGCCAUUCAAGCUAAAGAAUAUGGACACAAAGAUAUUGAAAGAUACUUACUCUUGCAGCUUCCACCACCAAUUUUAGCUAAGAUCUAUUCUUAA